CCAUAUUUAAAAGCCGGAAACCGGUUUCCUCGGUCAUUUCAAUCUGAGAAGAGGUGGUGAGCGCGGCGCAGCGGUGCUAAAAUGAGUUGUCCUGUCCCUGUUGAGUCGUCCUGCAAACGCCUAGCUGAGGUUUCCACGGGUCCUCAAAUGGCCUCCAGGGCCUCCGUAGAGAGGGCGCCAUGGUGAGGAAGUAAAAAAUGCUUUUGCUGAAGAAACUAUGGACAGGGUGGACCAUCUCGGCUGUCUGGUUCUGCUGACUGGUCCUCGUGGAGCUGGUUCCUGUUGGCCAUCCGGUGCCCGGUUAAAGGAAGCCGAGGGUCCCGUUCUCGUGUCCAGGUUGAUUCUGCGGGGAGAGGGUCAGUUGUGGCAGCUGGAGGUUAAAAUACGCAGUUUCCACCAGAGGUCUUCCAGACCAAAGAUGGUCCAAACCUUCCUUGGAUGUCUGAGCGACUUUAGUUCUGGUUCUGAGCAUCAGCUUGGCUCUGCCUGAUAGUGACCAGCUUUUCUCUCUCCUCCCUGCAGGACGACGGACUUCAGCCACCGACUUGGAGGAGUGAAUUAGUUCGGUUUGAGCUGAUGUCUACUGUGAUUUGUGUCUGAUGCCGGAGCAACUGCUGAUGUCAACUAUGACGUCAAAUAAAAUCUGAUUAAAUCUCAUCUGUCUGGUUUUUAUUUCUCUGUUAACUUAAAAAUAAAUGCACGUCUCCAUGGAAACCAUUCUAGUGGUGGGAAAGAUUACCUGGUAGAAAGUGAGCCAUAAAGUUUUUAUGUUGAAAAAAGCCACAUUUCCUGCUGCUGACUUCAGCUUUGGUGUUACUGCAGUGACGUGGUCAUGUUCAUUGUGUACAGUAACCCCUGGCGUCUAAUCCUGUUAAGUUGCUGGUGUGUUUGUACUGUUCCAUGUACUUCAUAUUGGACAUUCAGUCAUUUAUGUAUCUUGUAUUAAUGACUCGAAUUUAAAAAACGGUCAAUGUGGUUGUGUGACAAGCUAGAAGAUAAAAUGGUGUUUACGGUUAAAUGAAGGGUGUAGGUUUGCGUUCUGAAUUUGAACCUCGUGGUUUUCCGUACACACGCCUUGCUACGGCUGGUGGAUCGGUUCUGGUCCAGCACUGAAGAUGGCAGAAGUCCAUCCCCAGGACGAGCCGCUGAGGAUGAGUCCCAGAGAGACGUGGAGGACGCAGCACGAGCGUCUGCACGUGAAGCACCGGGGUCACGAGGCCAUGCACGCGGAGAUGGUUCUGAUUCUGAUCGCCACGUUGGUGGUGGCCCAGAUCGUCCUGGUACAGUGGAAGCAGCGGCACCACCGCUCCUAUAACAUGGUGACGCUGAUCCAGAUGUGGGUGGUUCCUCUCUACUUCACCAUUAAACUGUACUGGUGGAGGUUUCUGUCCAUGUGGGGGAUGUUCUCCGUCAUCACCAGCUACGUCAUCUUCAGAGCCACGCGUAAGCCGCUGUCCUGCAGGACGCCCAGGAUGGUCUACAAGUGGUUCCUGCUGAUCUACUGGCUGAGUUACGGCGUGGGGGUUCUGGGAUACCUCGCCAUCAUGUUCACCAUGUUCGGCUUCAACGGCUUCUUCAGGAUCAAGGCAGAGGACUCCAUGGACGUGGGGGUGAUCAUGCUGUUCUACGGGCUUUACUACGGCGUGAUGGGACGCGACUUUGCUGAAAUCUGCACCGACUACAUGGCUUCCACCAUCGGGUACUAUAACAAGGGGGGCAUGCCCAGCAGGAGCCUGACGGGGGACAUCUGCGCGGUGUGUGGGCAGAGGAUCCUGGUGGAGGUGGAGGAGGAGGGGUUAAUCGAGGACACCUACCAGCUGUCCUGUGGACACAUAUUCCACGAGUUCUGCAUCCGCGGCUGGUGCAUUGUGGGUAAGAAGCAGACGUGUCCAUACUGUAACGAGAAGGUCGACUUGAAGAGGAUGAUGAACAACCCCUGGGAGAAAACUCACAUUCUGUAUGGACAGCUGCUGGACUGGCUCAGGUAUUUGGUCGCCUGGCAGCCUAUCGUCAUCGGUAUCGUUCACGGGAUAAACUUCUCUCUGGGUCUCGAGUAGAGAGCCCUGAGGAACGCCGCUGUUAAUGUCUCUGAGAAGGAGAACCAUGGAGCUGUCGAGCUCCAAGCAACGAUGGCCACUUUUCCUAUGGUUGCAACAUGAUCUGCAAAUCCAGGAUAGCACCAUGAACUCAAACUGCUGCCAACAUGGAGAAAACCUCAAGCACAUAUCCAGUAUUUGCAGAAGCAUCUUGUUCUUUCCUCUGCAGAUAACACAUUGCUAUACUUUUUAACUCAAGUUUCUGUUUUACUUGCACACAGCUGGAGUUCUAUGCUUCUACUUUUUCUGAAGCUGCAGCUUUUUUGCACAUUGAUAUCAAACGAUUUUGUCCAGAAAACUUCAUGUCAAACUUCUGUUUUAAUUUUUUAUUUUGAGUUUGUGUUUACAGCUAAUUUGUUAUUGUGAGAUUUUAUUGGUUAACUUCCAGGAACUGAAACAAGGUUUCUGUCAGGAAAAAAAAAAAACAUUCAAGUUUUGCAGCUCAUGACUUUGUAUAUAAUAAAAAUAUAUAUAUAAAGCCUUAUGGUGUUCGUUUACUGUUACUAUUUCUAUUUUUUUCUUCCCAUGCCUAAUCUAUGGAAGUUUAAAAUAAAAAAAAUGUGAAAUGAAAGGAAACAAAUUAAUAUAUGUAUCACUUUUAACUAAAUGUAAAAACGUCAGUGCAGUGUAAAAAUAAGUUAUAUUUCAUUAAACUUAACCCGUUACCAUCACAUCGCUCAAAUGUUUUAACUGUUAAAAGUGCAAUGUCGAUUGUUUCUACUUCCUAAGCUUCCAGAAAAACUUUCAAUGUUUCACAAACAAGUUCUAUUAGCCUGGUCACUGAUUUAUAAACAUAAUUUUACUCCCCAUACAUACUUGAUCUGGAAUAACAGGAACAUAGUGUAUAAAAAUAAAUCAUUGUUUUUCUCUAAUUGGGUUGAGAAACAGAUCAUUUUUGUGAAUCAGUUGUAUAAUACUAAUGGACAGCUUAUGUCUUACACAGAACUCCUAAACACAUAUAAAUUUCCGGCAACUCCCAAAGAAUAUGCCAUACUGUUUGCUGCAAUACCUAUGGGUGUUAGAAUGCUUUUUAAAGGUGUUCUACCAGUUGUACCGCCUAUUUCUCUUCCCGACCCUGUGAACACAUACGUAGGAAAAGUUUGUCUUAUCGAGCAUAAAAACAGUAAUAGGAAUAUUCAUGCAGAGAGAAUCCUUAUCUGUUCCAUAUGUGAUUUUUUAUUGGAAUUCCUUUGUCACUGACAUCAGUUGGAAAAGAGUACGGACCAUUCCUAAUAAGUAUUUUGUGACAAAUAAGGUCAAAGAAGUUUCAUUCAAAAUACUUCAUAAGUGUUACCCAGCUAAUCACUAUAUGACAAAGUUUAAGAGGGACAUUGAUGUGAAUUGCUGUUUUUGUGGAAGCCACCCUGAGACCGUUCAGCACCUCUUCUGGAUCUGUUCACAUGCUACAACGUAAUGGAAAGACUUUAGCAGAUUUAUUAUUGGACAGCUCUGCAAGGACUUUGUUUUAAAAUGGGAAAAUGUUGUAUUUUUUUUGCAAGCACAGAAAGGAAGAUGUAUACUUUGUUAUAAAUUUGUUAAUUAUUCUAGCUAAAUUCUAUCUCCACAAAUGCAAGUACAGUAACCAAAAACCUAAUUUCAAGCACUAUUAUAGUGACGCUCUAUCUUACAUAAAAUUGAUUAGUGGAUCACUAAACAAAAAAGCUUUAAAAACUAUAACUAUUUGCACCACCUAUAAUUUAUUUGGAUGUGUGUAACAUUUCUGUAGUGCACCCCCUGGCAUAUGUUUCAUCUUCUUUGUUCAAUUUUGUAUACAAUUUGUUUGUAUACUUAUCACCUUGUUCAAUAAAGUUUUGG